CCCGGGGUCGGAGAUACAGUGAUUGGUUAUUUCAAGCAGGGAAGUUUGCCGGCGUGGUAGCCGAUCUCCACACAUCGGUGUCCCCCCGUACGCUCCUGUUCACCUUCCUGCUUCUGCGCAGCUCGACCCGGCUAAAGCUGUCCAGCCUGCUUGCCCCCCUGUACGUGUGUGUGUAUAUGUGUGCGCGUUAGUCCCUUGGGAGCAGCAUGUCCGAUUACGGCGCUCUGCCAUCUAACGGAGUCGGAGCUGGGAUGAAAAAAGACGCGUUUGCAGAUGCCGUUCAGAGAGCCAGACAGAUUGCAGCUAAAAUCGGUGGUGACGGUGUGCCCCCGACGACAAACAACGGAGGAGCUGAGAGCUAUCCGUUCACAUCACAGAAACGAUCCCUGGAAGAAGGAGAUGAACCCGAUGCCAAGAAGGUAGCAUCACAGAGUGAAAGAGAUUCUGCAAUGUCUAUUGGUGCUCAGCUAGCUGCUCUGUCCCAGCAAAGUGUAAGGCCCUCCACAAUGACAGAAGAGUGCAGGGUGCCUGAUAGCAUGGUUGGCCUCAUCAUUGGCCGAGGAGGUGAACAGAUUAAUAAAAUUCAGCAAGAUUCUGGCUGCAAGGUCCAAAUUGCACAUGACAGUGUUGGUUUGCCAGAAAGAAGCAUUUCCCUCACAGGGUCACCAGAUGCCAUAGAGAGAGCCAGGGCGCUUAUAGAUGACAUUGUGUCCAGAGGUCACGAGUCAACCAAUGGUCAGUCAAGUUCCAUGCAAGAAAUGAUCAUUCCUGCAGGAAAGGCUGGCCUUAUUAUUGGCAAAGGAGGAGAGACUAUUAAACAACUACAGGAGCGAGCUGGAGUCAAAAUGAUUCUUAUCCAAGAUGCGUCACAGCCACCCAACAUAGAUAAACCCCUUCGCAUCAUUGGAGACCCCUACAAAGUCCAGCAAGCAAAGGAGAUGGUCAAUGAGAUCCUACGAGAGCGGGAUCAUCAGGGUUUUGGAGAGAGGAACGAAUAUGGAUCAAGGAUGGGAGGAGGUGGUGGCAUUGAAAUAGCUGUCCCACGGCACUCUGUGGGAGUUGUGAUUGGUCGCAGUGGAGAGAUGAUCAAAAAAAUCCAGAGCGAUGCUGGGGUGAAAAUACAGUUUAAACCAGAUGAUGGUACAGGUCCUGAUAAGAUUGCACAUAUUAUGGGUCCACCAGACCAGUGUCAGCAUGCUGCCUCAAUCAUCACUGACUUGCUACAGAGCAUCCGUGCAAGAGAGGAGGGCGGGCAAGGGGGUCCACCAGGUCCUGGUGCAGGUAUGCCACCUGGUGGCCGAGGGCAGGGUAGAGGCCAGGGAAACUGGGGUCCACCAGGAGGAGAGAUGACCUUCUCCAUCCCUGCUCAUAAAUGUGGGCUUGUCAUUGGCAGAGGAGGAGAAAAUGUCAAGUCCAUCAACCAGCAAACUGGUGCGUUUGUGGAGAUAUCUCGUCAGCCACCUCCAAAUGGCGACCCAAAUUUCAAACUGUUCACCAUCAGAGGGUCUCCGCAACAGAUUGAUCAUGCAAAGCAGCUUAUAGAAGAGAAGAUCGAGGCUCCAUUGUGUCCUGUGGGUGGUGGCCCUGGUCCAGGGGGCCCGCCUGGUCCAAUGGGUCCCUAUAAUCCCAACCCUUAUAAUGCAGGGCCUCCUGGUGGAGCUCCUCAUGGAGCUGCACCAGGUGGGCCCCAGUAUUGCCCUCAGGGCUGGGGAAGUACUUAUCAGCAGUGGCAAGCCCCAAAUCCAUAUGACCCCAAUAAGGCAUCAGCAGACCCGAAUUCAGCAUGGGCAGCCUACUAUGCACAAUACUAUGGCCAGCAGCCAGGGGGCACUGUGGCAGCCCAGACUCCAGGAGCUCCUGCAGCAGCACCCCCUGGGGACCAGAGCCAGGCAGCCCAGACCGCUGGGGGUCAGCCAGACUACACUAAAGCUUGGGAAGAGUAUUACAAGAAGAUGGGCAUGAAUCAGCCCGCAGGAGGAGGAGCAGCAGCCGCUCCAGGCACAGCGGCAGCCCCCACACCAGCUGCAGCAGGAGGAGCUGCACCAGGUGGCCAGCAGGACUACAGUGCAGCCUGGGCUGAGUACUACAGACAGCAGGCUGCCUACUAUGGGCAGACAGGCCAGGCCCCUGGACAGGCAGCUGCUCCACAGCAGGGACAACAGGCUCAGUAAAGGUGUGGAUUGUUCUGUUGGAUGGAUGUGUUGACUCUCUGGACUUGUUUGUUUUUUCCUUUUUUUUUUGGCUUUAAUAAGACAAGCCUGUGGUUCACUCAUCCUCUCAGACAUUUUGUACUCAAACCUUCGUGUUUUUUUUUUUUGUUUUUGUUUUUUGUUUUGUUUUGUUUUUUUAAUUAAAUUCAAAAGGGAAUGCAUUUUGCCCAUGUAUUGAACAAAGCACUAACUUACCCCUUCACCUCACCCUCACCUUGUAAUACAUCAGAUGGUUUGGAGUUUUUUCUUAAAUGUGAAAUAAUAAGCAUCUUUGCUUGCAAGCUAGCACAACAGCAUCUCAACACUGAUUCACAUUUCAGUAGUUUUCCCCUUCUGUUUGCUGAAGGUAAAAACUGUCUAGCAGUAUUUUGAAUAUAUUCAAAAAAUAUGUUUGUAUGACAGAAGAUGCAGAAGUUGUUUGUCUCUUUUUCUUCUUGUUCUUGGUACUUUUUUAAGCUUAAUUUUUUACAAAAAAAAAAAGAUUAGUGUCUAAGUUGCAGGUACAUUUCUCCCUGCUGUCAUAAUUUCUUAUUUUUAAUUAUGUUGUUUGUAAUUUUUUUCCUCGAGGGGUGACUCUUGUGUGUGUCUGGUGUGUGUCUGUAUACAGUGUAUGCUACUGAACAGAAGAUUGUGUGUGUGUGUGUGUAAGUUGGCUGUAAAAAGGCACCAACUGCCCUACAGUUAUGUAGGUUGGUUUGUGCAUGUGUGUGUUUGUGUGCUUGAGUGCUUGACUGCCCUUGGUUUCAUUUCUACAUCAUUACAUUGGAAAAAAAAAGUCUCUUCCAAUUAGUUCUUAUUGUAUG